CGUUGUUAUUCCAGUCACACUGAGGCUAAGCUCGCGUUUGUUGAAGUUAUGUAAAUUCUCUCCUCUUUUACUUAAAAAGCAUGCCACCUAGUAAGAAGACUAGAAAAGGGCCUACUGUAUCUCCGUAUUUCAAUAAACAGGCAGGUUUGGCAAAGGUUGGGGAUGAUCAUAAAUCGAUAACAGUGAAACAAGAAGAGGAUAUAAAGUCGAUAGAAGAAGAAGAUAAAGGAGUGCAUGAUCUACUAGAUUAUGACCUGAAAGUGCUGUUUAUUGGUAUCAAUCCAGGGCUGACUAGUACAGCAAAAGGACAUCAUUAUGCAGGACCCACAAAUCAUUUUUGGCCAUGUUUAUCUGCAAGCGGUUUAGUUGACCGUAAGGUGACGUUCGAAGACGACAAUGAAUUGCCUGCGAGGUAUGGACUAGGUUUCACUAAUUUAACAGCAAGAACUACCCGUUCAGCAUCUCAAUUAAGUUUGCAAGAACAAAGGGAACGCAUCCCUAUAUUAAAUGCUAAAAUUGCAACUUUUCGACCGCGAAUUGCUUGCUUCAUUGGUAAGGGGAUUUAUGAAAUUUACUCUAGACAAAAAUGCAAUUUGGGAUUACAAGAGCAAACUAUUCCAUGGUCUACUGGCGAUGGUGAAACUAUUAUUUUUGUUAUGCCGAGUACAAGUGGUAGGGUAUCUGCAUAUCAAAAGUCUGAUAAAAUAAAGUAUGAUCGUGUUGUGUAUCUGUUAUUAUUUUUGUUGACUUCAUACAUAGGUUUUUUCAAGACUUGUGUGAACUUUGUAAGCAGCAAGACAAGAUAUAUUCUCGAAAAUCUUCUGCUUAAGCACGUUUUAACAAUGACAAUAAAGUAAAUAAAUAAUUCCGAUUCUCGAGGAAAGCAUGAAAUAAACCCUCUUAUCGUGUCUACAACUGUCAAAGUGCUUCAUUUAAAAAAAGUCACAGAACUCUUUCUCCAAGCCCCAAUUUUUUUUUUAAAAAAAAGAGACAAGGUGUCUUUUUUCUUUACUUUGCACAAGUCAACUUUCACCAAUGUCUUCAGAAUCUCGUUUAUGUAAAGAAAUUUUAUUGGAGGACUUUGGGCCUUUUGUCUCGCAAGUUGCACGCCAAAUGCUCUUGAAAGGACGUUUGACCAUUCAAGAU